UGUUUGUCAAGCACCUGUAGCACGUUGAUAUCCUGAGGCUGUGGAAAGAGCGUCAUCUUGUGGGAACAGGAUGGAACUUGUGGGAUUGGAGUCAUUGGACCUGAGGGGCUUUCGCACAAACUGACGCCAAAAGGCUAUGGAUGUUACUGGACGAUAACAGCAGGUUGUGAGAAGACAUGCAGCACACGUCGUGUACUGAGGACCGGAUCCAGCAUGCUCUGGACCGAUGUCUGGAUGGGCUCAGACCCAGCCCCACGACACCACAACCCUGGAACGUCCUGAUGUGCUCGGUGGGCCAGUCUAUGAACCGCUGGAGUCUGGAGGAACUGGUGAAGAGAGACCCAGAGAACUUCCUCAUCCUCCUGCAGCAGAUCCUCAGGAAGACCCGAGAGGUUCAGGAGCAGUGUCAGUAUGAGCUGGUGGCUCCCCUCGCUAUCAUGUUCUCCUCCACUCUGCUACAGACCCCCUUCUGUCCCCCUGACAUGGAGCUGCUGGAGGAGGCCUGUGAGGUGUUUGGCUGUUUCCUGACGUGGCCAGAGCCUUACUGCAGUGUGUGUAAAGGACUGCUCUCCACUUUACACCAGGAAAUCAAGGCCCCAGGGAUUUCCUAUCACAGACUGGUGAGAGAAGAGCAAGGCCUGGCCACCUCAAAACAUCACUCAAAAACAAUGACGGUUCUGUUGAUGAACCCUGGUGAGGUGCCUCCUGAGUUCUUGUCUGUAGCAGAGCAGCUGAGUAGUAUCCAACGGUCCCAGAGAGAGACAUACAUCACACUGGUCAAACAUGCCUACCAGGCUACUCUGGGCACCAAGUACCUCCUGGCCAACAUCCACAAAGCCCUGCAGGUCAAGAGUCUAGAGGAGCUGGCGGAGAUCUUCUCCAUGGUAACCGACGUCCUGGAGACGGCCGCUGCCAUGGGCGACCCGGUGAAAGGCCGUGAUCAUGUGACCCAGGGCCUGGAGGGGCUGAGGGAGAGGAUUGGCGUCCCAGCAUCCAAUGGCAGGAAGUCUGACGGAAUGCUGCAAACUCUACCACUGCCCACAGCCAAGUGCUACAUGUUUCACUGGGACAAGGACAACUUUGACAUCCUCAACACCAUCCUGGAGAACGAGCAUGACCUAACCGGCUUCCAGACCUCCAGUGGUCAGGGUGACGGCGAAGAUGAGGAGGAGGAGGAGGAAGGGGCAGAGUUCGACCUGGAGGAGGAAGAGGGAGAGACGGAAGAGGGAGAGGAGGAGCUUGUCUCCGCCAUGUCUAUGUACAACUGCUACAGAGUGGACCACCGAGCCUCUACCUUCUCCACCGUCUCCUCCCUCUCCACUGCCUCUAAAGACUCCAUGUACUCCACCUUGUCCUUGGCCUCCGGAUCCCACGCCCCCUCCGUCCUCUCAGUCACUUCCGGCAUCGACAGCGACUUCUACGAAGACCCCGAGGACGCCACCGCCACCUCCACCUCCAGCCCCUCCCCUUCGGAACGGAGCCCAUCGUCCGGCAAGUCAGCCAAAGCUUCGGCCCGUCUGAGCCAGCACCUCUCCCGUCUCUUCAAGACAAAGACUCAGUCCCUGACCAGAGCCAAGAGCCUCGGCAGCCCAGAUGCUAAGGACUUGGUCGUGGUUCGUUCCAAGCGCUCCAACUCCCUCCCGCAGCAGGUGCAUCUACGCAGCCCAGACUCCCUGUUCCAGACCCCCUGUACCCCCCAGGCCCUCAAGCACGUGUGCUUCCGCCGGAGGCCCAUCCUGAGCAGUGACGAGGAGGGCAACAGUAAUGCCACCACCCUGAGGGUGGUAGUGUUUGGGGCCGACCACGUUGCGGGCAAGGUGGCGAGGGCCUAUAGUAACCUACGACAGAGAGAGAACGUUUGCCCGCGCCUCAGCAGAGCCUUCCGGCUGCAAUUCUACUUUGUGCCCGUGAAGAGGGACGGUGUUGUGAGGUGCCCCAGUCCCAGGUGCCCUAGCCCUGGAGGCCAGUCGGCAAGCCCACGGAGAGGAAGUACAUCCUGUACAGAGCUCAACAAUCUGGGCACAGAAGACAGCACUAACGACAUAGCCCGUUUCAUUGGUAUGCUGGACCCCUGGUACGAACGCAACACCUUGAGCCUGCUCAGUCUACCAGCCAACGUGGUGUGUCAGCAAACCUCUAAGAUAGAGUCUGAGCUGUAUGAUAGUUCCUAUGAGGAUCGUCUGCCCAUCCUGGCUGACCUGGUGUUAUACUACUGUCGCCAUGCCACCCGGCCUGCACUGAUGCAGCUCUACCAAGCUGAGAUGACGUUAGCUGGAGGCGAGAGGAGGACAGAGGUGUUCAUCCACUCCCUAGAGCUGGGCCACACCGCGGGAACACGAGCCAUCAAGGCCAUGGGUGCCGCAAGCAAGAGGUUUGGGAUUGAUGGCGACCGGGAGGCAGUCCCUCUGAUGUUAGAGGUGGUUUAUAACAGGGUGGUUAUCAGUGGGAGAAGUCAAUGGACGACAAAAGACAAAGUUUGCACCUCCAUCAACCUGACCAAAGCCUGCAAGAAUCCAGAGGAACUAGAUGCGAAGAUGGAGUGCUUGCAGUUGACAAUGACAGAAGUACUGAAAAGGCAAAACUCAAACAAAUCUAAGAAGGGCUACAAUCAGCAACUGAGCAUUACUGAGGUGAAGGUGGACAAGGUGCAGGUUAGUGGGGCUGGUAACACUACCUUCGCUGUGUGUCUGGACCAGGAUGAGAAGAAGAUCUUCCAGGGUGUCACCAGGUGUGAGGUAUCUGUAUGCUACAAGCCUGACAGCUCUACAGACUGGAGGUUAGGCCAGGGCCUGUCCGCCCAGAUCCAGCCUCUCCACCCCACCUUCUGCUCCCUCCUCUGCCUGCCCAUAGCCACCUUCAGUGGAGCACAGCCCUGAGAGCAGUGGGCCUCUCCCCUGAAGGGGGAGACCAGCCUUAAAAAUAUAUAUACUUUAAUGUAUUUCUGAUACUUUUUUUUAGACAGCUGGUA